AACCAAAAACAGCUGACCGUGCAGAUGGAAAUACAAAGUUCAAAUCCGUUUCGGUUUUGUUUACAUCACUCUCCCCUAUUCACCUAUUAGUUCAUGAUUCUUGCGGAAAUAUGCCUGGCCAAAGCUCACGUCAUGGGCUCUCUGACAAGGAGUCGUCGGCUGCAGCAACUAAUAUGUACUCAAACGAGAAACAAGAGUAGAAAUGCAACAGCUGCCAACGUAAAAGUUUUAACAGCGGACGAUUUUUCGGUACUUCUGGGCGAUGAGCAGCGACAACGCUGUUUGGAUUUGCUACGCAAGUUGCCGCCUUUUUCUCGUCCUAAAAUGUUGCUGCACAACAGGAAUGAGAAAAGCUCAGCCUCGGUACUAAUAGCUUUAUGCCAGGAGCGUGACACGAAUGAAAUUUCACUGUUGUAUACCCGCCGCUCACGUCACUUGCGUAGCCACAGUCUGCAGAUAUCAUUUCCGGGAGGCAAAAGGGAUGAGACUGACGAGAGCUAUGUUGAUUGUGCACUGCGCGAAACAGAGGAAGAGAUUGGUCUGCCACGAGAACGCAUCCAAAUUUGGGGAGAAGCCAGUCCCAUAAUAUUACCACGCACCGCCGCCAUCGUACCAGUUGUGGGCGUGGUGCCCGAUUUUCAUGUGUCCGAGCUGAAACUCAACCUGGACGAAGUGGAGGAGGCCUUCAGCAUACCGAUCAACACGCUAAUCUCUCCAGCAGUCGCACGACACACGCAAUUUCGUAGCGGCUACAGUAAUCCCGUCUUUGUGGUGGAUGAGCUACGCAUCUGGGGAGUCACGGGCUACUUGACAUAUUUCUUUCUGCGCUGCCUGCUAUCCAAUGCAAUGCCUCAAACGCUCAAAACGAAUAUCAAAUAUAUACGACCCUAUAAAUUGCCGCCAAAACUACCUCAUCAUCACGUAGAAGCUAGAGAGUGAGCGAGUAGCCUACGAGCGGGAAUACUCGAAAAUACUCAAAACGGAAAGCUCGUCUAAUAU